ACAGCGGUAAUGGGUCACACUGCUUAUGAAGGUUAUCUGAUGGUGCAAAGUUUUUUACACACUGACAGAGCAGGUGAAGAUUAUUUGAAGUCUGUAUUCCAAGGAGAGCUGGUGUGCUCACCUCUUUCCUCCGGUGCAUCAGUUAAAGUGGAGACGACGUGAAAAGACAAGAAAACACCAGGGACAUCACAGUUUGAAGAGUUUAAGUGUUUAAAGGCCCAGGUCCGGUGGGUAUGGUCCAUAGAUCGUCAGCACAGAUCGGCUAGCACUUUUUGAAUCCCACUGCUAGUUGUACAGUAACUUCCCGGGCUUCGUUCGACCAGUCAGCUGCAGGCAUUACAGUUGUCCCAAGGAAGGGUCCCUAGCUAACCAUCGCUGCUGAUUGCUGUUGUAUGUUGCGUCAGUUAUAACAGUGAAAUAUUGUUAUUACUAAAUGUUUGUGUGGAAAAAAAAUACAUUUGGUCAAACGUAAUUCAUGUUUAUUUUUGUCUCCCACCCCCUUAACAAUGCAGAACCGUUUUCUUAAAGAAAACACUUUAUGACUGUCAAGCGAGGAUUUGAAAAAAAUCUUACUGGUGAAGACAUUUUGAUAUUUUUCUUCCUUAUUCGCUGAUGAACUUUAUUUUAUAAACUGAAAAUAUCCCCAUGCACUUGAAGAUGUUUGCUGGAAGACCGCUCACUAGAUUUUCGUGCACGCAUUUCCUAGUGUUUCCACUGACACUACUACUAUUACUGCUGGAACUAAUAGACGUAGCCAAUGGGGGUUGCAUUGAACUUGGACGAUGCUGCCGUGGUAGAGACCCAACGUGCACCAGCAAGGGAUGGAGGAUGGACAGGACCUAUGCCACCUGCUUCUGUGAUGAUGCCUGUUCCCUGACAAAGGACUGCUGCUAUGAUUAUCUUCAAGCAUGUCCAGCUGUUCCAUGUUCUGUGAGUGAAUGGAGUCACUGGAGUGGUUGCACAGCACAGUGUAAGCCAGCAACUCGAGUCCGCAGACGCUACAUUUUGCAGGAACCUCAGAAUGGUGGAGAGCCCUGCCCGCCACUGGAAGAGAAAGCUGGAUGCCUAGAGUAUGAAACUUAUCAGGGACAACCAUGUGGACAAUCACUUGUUCCUGCUUUUAUAACAGCUUUGGAAUACAGUAAAGGAAGGAAAAAACGAGCCUUGCCUGCAGUUGUAUUGUCAGAUUCAGAGGAUGAAGGAUACUGUGUGAAAUUUAGAAUUGAAUCAUUGUCACCUUACUGCACAAGAGAGCAUCGACCAUAUGCCCGCUGGAUGCUGUAUUUGCGGGAAGGGUACACAGUAUGUGUAGCCUGCCAGUCGCCAGCAAUGAAUUCCCAGAGCCAUCAAUGUGCAGGCGAUGGAACUGAUACUGAUGGAAAUAAAUUUCUUAAUUGGCAAGCGGUUGGAAAUCCAUUAUGUAAAGGAACGUGGAGAAGAGUAAACCAAACACACGAGUGCUCAUGCCCGUCUGUACACAGUUUUGUGUUCACAUGAAGUUUUGGAACUUUAAAAAAUCUACAGUCUUGUGUGCUCUUGCAUGAAAUGCAUUUGCAGUUGUACUUCUGAAGAGCUUAAUUGCUUUAGUCUUGUAUAUUAGGAAAAUAAAGAUUUUUAAAACUGCAGCACUGUCGAACUGCACUCAGGAAGUUUGGCUUGCUAAGUGCUAAUAUUUUUUGCUUCAGCACAGAAAAAGGGCUGAAGCAAACAAAGUUUUGUAUCUGCUGUGUGCACAUAUAUUUUUAACUUGCUACAGCAGCUGAUAUCUGUAUCAUAUUGAAUUCUUUGUUUAUACUGCAGAAGCAUGCUGAGUGGGCAUAUAAAGCACUAAGCAGCAGUAGCAGUAAGACUGUUUCUUGCAUUUGCAGCAGCAUGUGAACCAACAGUCAUUUAAAGGCAAAGACACAACUGUUAAAAUACUAUGUCAUAAAUGUGUACAUUAUACGGGAACUAUUUUCUUUCCGGAAUAUUUCGUUUCAAUAAAUUUUUAAAAGAAGAAGGGGCACACUGACAAAUCCUGUUUAGAGCACAUAUGUAUGAGAAGGGGUCUACUUCUAAAUUUCAAAGUUUCAAAACCUCAAAUUUCUUAUGGUCGAGACCAUAAGAUUGAAGUUUUAAAACUUCAAACCAUUUAAAUGGAGAUCGCCAAACAGAGCAGAACGGUAUAUUUACCAUUUUCGUUGCUGUAAUGCUAUCUUGAAGUUGAUAUAUUUAAUUAGUAAGGGGUUCAAGGGGGAUUGCCCCCCUGCAGAAACUUUAAAAAAGAUUUUUUUUUUAUUUACAUUUUGAAGUUUCAAAACUUUGAUCAUAUGGUCUUGCUCAUAAGAAAUUCAGAGUUUUGAAAGUUUGAAAUUUAGAAGUAGACCCAUGAGCAGACUUUACCUAACACAGUUAUCUCAUUGCUUUAAUGCUGCUGGAGUUUGUAAAGCUUAAAAGCAUUUCUUUUUAAGAAGAAUAUUACAUUUUUCACUGCAUGCAUUUAAUAUUUUAAAGGACUAAUGUUGCAAAUUUAUUGAUUCAGUCAUGAUAUUAUACACAUUGGUUAAAGCUUUUCAUGUUGACACCAGUAACCCUACUCUAUAUGGUUGUAAAGAGAAAGCUUUUAUUUCCAGAGUUAGGGACAAAGCAAAAAGUAAUUAGUUAAAAGGCCCCAGAUUAGAGGCACUUUUUAAAUGAUGGUACUAUAAACUUAAACCUUCCCAAAAUUAUUUCCCUUUUAGAAGGGAUGGUACAAAAGUAUGACUAAAAAAUAGGAGUGUUCCUUUAAAAUCUGAACAGCUGAGAGGCAUGGAUUGCUGGCAUAUUUCCAGUUUUCCAGAGCAGGAAUCUUUCAGGUGUUGUAUGGAUUGCACCAUGUGACUGCCGCUUUUUGUGUAGCAUUAAUGUAAAGAAUGAAGUUGCCAAUUAAAGCUCUAAAAAUUGUGACUGAAGCUGGAAUGAUAAUACAGGUUUAAUGUUUCAGGUGGUAGCAGUUAAGGUGAGAUUUAUUCCUGACUGGCUAAGUUUAUCUUAAAGGAUUGAAUUCUCAUGCCAGGAGGGAGUAACUGACACCAUUAUAGCCAUGGCUUUACUCCUAAAUUACUAAAGAAAACAUUUUAUUUUUUAAUGUGGUUUCUGGUCAUUUACACAUAUAUAUUUUUGGUGUGGCUUACUGA